ACCUGCUGUUUUCAGCUUGCCUGGACCGCGAGAGGGCCGCGGAUGGGGGCGCCCGGGAGGCCAAAUUCCCCUGCCCCCUUGCCAUGUGGGAGCUCGGACACUGCGAUCCCAAGAAAUGCACCGGGAGAAAACUCGCCCGGAAGGGGUUGCUGCGAACCCUGCGCCUCCGCCAGAGAUUCCCGGGCGUCGUCCUGAGUCCGCUGGCUACGGAGUACGUCUCUCCGGCUGACAGGCGUGUCAUUGCUCAGAGUGGAAUUGCAGUCAUAGAUUGCUCAUGGGCCAAAUUAGAAGAAACUCCCUUUAACAGAAUGAGGGGGAGUCAUCCGCGGUUGCUGCCUUACUUGGUGGCUGCAAAUCCUGUAAACUACGGUCGGCCAUGCAAGCUGUCCUGUGUGGAAGCUUUUGCUGCAGCAUUUUGCAUUGUUGGAUUCCCAGAUCUAGCCACCAUUCUUCUAAGGAAAUUUAAAUGGGGUAAGGCAUUUCUUGACCUGAACGAAAAUCUCUUGGAAAAAUAUGCAGCCUGUCAUUGCCAGGACGAUAUGCUAAUCAUUGAGAAGGACUUCUUAGCCUGUGUCCAAGAAGAAAAAGACGAAGAAGUAGAUCCAUUUGAUGUUGACCUAGAAAAAGAAGUUUCUAAUCCCAACAGGCCAGUCAAUUCCUCAGGUCUAGCACCAAGGAAAGAAGACUCUGAGGAGGACAGUGUAAGCAAUUCAGAUGAUGCCACUGAGAGCAGCGAAAGCAUUGAUGAGAGCAAUCCAGAAGACAUAAAAAUCCCCAGUAAUCCCAAAGAGUUGUAACAUCUUGUAUAAAGAAAUUUUUUUGCGACUACUUGAGUGUGUCUUGUUGACCUGUAACUUGAUGCUUAGCAAACCUCAGUCUCUAUGCAGGUUUGUAGAUAUUUUUAGGCACGAGGUGUUUUUAGGCUCUAGGUUAUUAAAUUUUUAGGUAAGUAUGGAACAUUAAAUUAUUUUGUAAGGAGUUUGAAGUUUAGUUACAAGUGAAAAAAUAACCCAGUAUUCUAAUUGAUGUGUCUGGAAAGUGGUUUAUUAUAAACUUCAUUAUUAAACUAACAGUAUAUUAGGUAAACUUUCUUAGCUUCUGGUCUGUAUUUCAAUUGGAGAACAUGCUAUUGGCCUGUUCAUUGUACCUGCCACAUAGGGAGUCUCUUGACUUUUUGCAGGCUUGAAUCUGCCAUAUGUAUUUCAACUACUUCAUCUAUUUAGAAUAAACUGAGCUAAGCCUGAAAGGAAAAAACACUUCUUGGAACUGCUUUAACAUUUCAGUAUGUCUUUUCAGGAACUUUAAUUGUUCAUUUUAGUUAUUUAGAUACAGUCCUAAGCAACAACAAGUGUUUUUGGCACUUCAUACUCAGAACUGUACUAUGAAAUUUCACAUCACAGGUUCAUCAGUGCUAUCUCUGUGCAUUUUCAUCACUCAAAGUGGCACUGUACCAAGUCAGAAAUAAACAUUGUCUGGCCCUUAAAGCUUUGUGAUACACCCAUACCAGCACUAGUAUCUCAGGUCACUUUUCCCAGCGCUUGCCAGUUUGUAUAGUGAAAAUGAGCUGUUAGCAGUUGUUUUCUAUAUAUUUAAAUAGAAUACUCUUUGGAGUUUCAGGCACCCAACUGAAACCUAAACUUUAGUGAUCAUUCAGUAGAAUUGGAGAUACCAAGGACAAUUUGUAGAUUCACCUUCACAACUCAAAGUUCUUCACAUCACAGGACUUUCUCCUCUUGUCCCUCUACUACUAGAGGGAUUAAAUACUAAGGGCUACUGGAGCUAGAGCUGGGAGUAACAGCAGCAGUUUGGGUGGUACAAAUACUCAAUUUCCCUUUUAAAAACGAGAAGGACAAGUAAAUUAAUUCUAUAAGGAGACAUUCCCUUUGAUUUGGUUUUUUCAAUAACUUCCCCACCCAUAUAAAAUCUGUCCUAAAUGUGCUGCUUUAGCAAGGGUUUCUUAGACAGUGACAAGAAAGCAUUUCAACAUAACAAAAGACUGAGAACCAUGGGAGCACAUCAGCUAUUCUAAUUUGGAGGAACGCUUUUACAUUAUUAAGCUGUAGUAAUCAAAUGGAGACAAGCAAAACAGAUCUGGAAACAGAGCUGUAUAACUUUGAUCAUAGAGCACAUCCUCUCCGUAGAAGCUAUAUGCAUUAAUAAAUGGAAAGAGGCACAAAAUUACUUCUAGCAAUAAUAAACAAGCGCCAUUUGAAAAUC